GAAAAAGGUUUCCGAGGAGAUUUUAGAAAGAAGAAAGCAAGGUAGAAUUAAAGCAGCUGAAUCAAUGGCUAAUAUUAUCAAACAGUCUGGAAUUGAAAGAGUUGAGAAUAAUCUUAAAUUUUCUUUAUUUCAACAGAUUAAUGUCUUAAAUCAGAAAAACUAUUAUACAGAUUAUUUGAAAAAGGACGAUCAAAUUACGUUUUUAAGGGAUAGAAAAGAGUUGUAUACGAUUAAAAGAGGCAGAAAAUCAAAGGCUGAUAAGGAGAAGUUAUUACAACUUGAAAAGGAAAAAGAAAAGAUAGCAGAGACUAUAAAUAAUGAGGAGGAUGAAAAUAAUGAGGAUGAGGAUCAAGCAGAUAAUUUUCCUGCAGGUUCAAAAACCAUUGUAAUUCAUCCUGGUUCAUCAUCUAUUAAAAUUGGAUUGGCUACAGAUGUUUUCCCUAAAUCAAUUCCAAAUGUGAUUGCUGUACCAAAUUUUUCACCUGAGGAGACUAAAGAUUAUUUAAAGGAAAAUAUUUCGCCACAAAGAGAAACAAUUAAGACCAAUAAUUCGAAUAACGAUAACGAAGAAGUUUUCUUUAAUAGCGAAUUUAAUGAUGCCAAAAAGAUUAUAUUUAAAAAUUUUAAAGAAAGAAUGAAGUAUUAUAAAAGAAAAAUCAUACCAAAUUCGCAUGAGACAGUUGUCAAUUUUAAUAAAAAAUCUCAAAGUGAAAAAAUUCUUGAUAUUAAUGAUCCACAUAAAAUUGAUUGGGUUCAUGAGGACAGUGAAUUGUUUAAAGAGUUGGAAGCUAGAAAUGAAAGGUAUAUAAUUGGAGAGGAAGCAUUUAAAUUAGCAAAUGAAUUUAAAUAUAAAUUAAGAAAGCCUAUAAUGAAUGGGAAAUUUAAUGAAAAUCCUAAAGAUUAUAAGAGUCCACAAGAGAUUAUUGGUGAUUUACAAGUUAUUAUAACCAAAUUUUUAGAAAAAGAAUUUGAUAUUGGUAGAAGUCAGUUAAAACAAUACAAUGUUGUAUUAAUUAUACCAGAUUUAUAUGAUAAAGCGUAUGUUGAACGAUGGAUUGAAAUAAUUUUACAAUUAGAUUUUAUUGCUGUUGCUAUCACGCAAGAAUCUAUUGCGGCCACCUUUGGAGCAGGAGUUUCAUCAGCAUGUGUUGUUGAUAUUGGAGCACAGAGUAUUAAAAUUUCGUGUGUUGACGAGGGAAUGAUAAUAAAUGAUUCGAGGAUUAAGUUGGAUUAUGGAGGAGACGAUAUAACCAAAGCCUUUAUUAAAUUGUUAUUACAAAGCAAGAUACCAAUUCAAGAUAUUAAUUUGAACAAUCAUUAUGAAUGGAAGUUUGCAAAUGAGUUGAAAGAGAAAUUUAUAACAUUUCAGGAUGCAGAUAUUGCUAUUCAAUUGUACAAAUUUAUUAGGAGGUCGCCUAAUAAAGUGACUGAGGAGUUUAAUUUCCGAGUAUUUGAUGAAGUUAUGCUAGCACCAAUGGGGCUAUUUUUCCCCAAGUUAUUUCAGAUUAAGAAUGUUGAAAAAAGAGAUAUUCACAAGUUUGAUGGCAGGCUAUUAACUAAAUCCAAGGAUACGUAUAAUGGGGUGAAUAACAACCCCAGUUCGUUGUCACAAAAGAAUUUAGUUAAUGAGGAUAUAAUUACCAAAUAUAAUGAUUAUGAUAUUAUCAAGAGAUUGAUAAUGUUGAAGGACGAUGAAAUUAAUUCUAAUAAUUUAAACAAUCCCAAUUUUAUAUUAAAUUUUGGGGAAGAAGAGGUUAUUAAUGAUAUGGAAUUGGAUUUGGCUAUAAUUGAGAGUAUAACUAAUGCCAUCAAGACUGAUUUCAAUAAAGCCAAGAAUUUCUAUGAGAGUUUGUUAAUUGUUGGAGGAGGAUCUAAGAUUCCAGCGUUGGAUUUUAUUUUGAAGGAUCGAAUCAAUAUUUGCAGGCCUAUUACGUUGUCAUUAAGUAAUUUGAAUGGGAUAUUGUUGGCUAUUAAUAGGGAAUUUGAGAGAAAACAGCAAGAGGUUAUUGAUAAAAGAAGGAAGAAAAAAAACAGUGAAAGCAAUAGUGAUAAUUGGAAUGGACAUAAUAAUGAUGAAGAUAGUAAUCUAACAAUUGAAGAGAUUGAAAAGUUAUUAAAAGAUGUGAUUUAUGAUAAUUUAGAUAAACUAAUUGAUAAUAAUGUUGGAGGAAGCAAUAUGGGAGUUGAUGUUAUAUCAGUUAGUAGACCAGAGGUGUUGAGUUGGAAAGGCGCGAGUGUUUUGGCUAGGUUAAAGAUAGUUCAAGAGUUGUGGAUUAAUCGAAGAGAUUGGGAUUUACUAGGAAGUCGAGCAUUGAAUUACAAAGUUUUAUUUAAUUAUUAGUGAUAAAUAGUUUGAUUUAUUCUAUGGAUAAUGAAUUGAAAUUGAAAUUGAAAUUGAAAUUG